GAGUGUAUAAAACUGCUAAGGUAGCUCAAAAUUGACCAUUAGUUCCCAUUGUCUUGUCAUCAACGAAUAUAGUGUCUCACUUGGGAUCAUUCAACAAAAAAUAAGGAUGCUGAAGUAUAUUCUUGUUCUGGCUCUGGCCUCAUUCGCUUAUGCGGAUGUGACUACAAUGUACCCUUGCCCAACUUAUGGGUUGGCCAGAUUACCACAUUCAUCCAGUUGUUCUCACUAUGUCCAGUGUGUGUCCGGAGUAGCUAUUGUUAGAGAAUGCGCUCCUGGAUUUUACUUCAGCAUCGAAUCCGGUGAAUGCAAACAUCCUUAUUUGGCAGAAUGCGACAUCGAACAGCGUGUAUGUCCCCUCUUCAAUGAUCCUGAGAAUAUGGUCUACCUGCCCGAUGAGAAUCAAUGUGAUGUCUAUUACAUUUGCUACUUCGGAGAUCCAAUUGCCCACCGUUGCUUCGAUGGUCUCCACUGGGACCCAGUCAAUGAAAAUUGCAACUACCCAUCUCUGGCCAAUUGCCAGGCUGUCAAUGUGACCUGUACCGAUACUGGCAUCUACACCGUUCCUCAUCCAUUCCUCUGCAACAGAUUCUUCCACUGUGUCGAAGGCGAGAGAUUCGCUGAUGUUUGCCCUGGAAAUCUCUAUUACGACAUCACCAGGAUGGCUUGCUGGCAUCCCGAUGAGGCUGUCUGUGCAGACUGGGGACAAUCACCUCCAACAACAGCUGAACCCACUCCCAUCAUUGAAGGCUAGAAUUCAGCGUAAAUGGCAUCGGUUACGCUCAUUUCUCAUCUCAAAAGCCCUAUAAUGUAAUCUUUAAAAAUAAAAAUUGAAAAAAACAU